GUCAGUUUUUCAGAGUAAGUUCCUAGUUUUGAAGCACCAAAGAAAGGGUACUUAAGCACUGAUCUUAGAGCUGUUCAACUUCUCUCGCAGGAAGGCUAAAGCUACCAGUUGGUGCUGAAACGAAAUCCAUUCUACAAAUAUUCUACAUAUUCUCCAAAAGACAUACUAAGCAUUGCCAUGAAGCUGCUGACUGUGUCUGUACUUCUUUGUGCAGUGAUCACUCUGAUCAUUGCUGCUGAAGAAGGUGGGAAGGAGGCAAAGGCACAAGAAGAACAUCUUGUUGAGAAGAGAUAUUGGUACAAGUAUCGGGGUUGGACUAGGUAUGGCAACCGACACUACCGCUAUUUUCCCUAUCGUUUGGACUGGGCUCAUGCUCAGAGACACUGUCAGUCUAUGCAUGCAAACCUGGCAUCUGUACGCAACCUCAGAGAGUACCGGGUGAUUCAAAGGGUCAUAUAUCGUGCCACUCACAGUUACCCAAUUACAUGGCUUGGAGGCUCUGAUGCUCAGAAGGAGCAUCAUUGGUUUUGGAUCGAUGGAACUCCUUUCAAAUUUACGUACUGGUGUCGUGGAGAGCCUAACAACUAUUGGCACAGAGAGCACUGCAUGCACAUGAACUGGUCAGGACACAAGUGCAUGAACGAUAUCUUCUGUCACUACCGAUACCCAUAUGUCUGCGUCUGGAAAAGAAGAUAAUUCCUGGCAUGAUGGCAUGGUUAACCGGGCAAAGAAGCAAACGAUCUCAUAUAUCCCCCUUGAAAAAUCUGUUUCCCAUUUUACAUCUUUACUUCUUUUUCUUUGCUGUAAUGCUACAUAAGGAAUGACGCGACAAGUGAAAUAAAGUGGAGUUUGGUUUUCUCUUUCAAUAGGAGCAAACUGAAUGUGUAAUGGAAAGAAUGCUUUUAGUAAAUCUUUAUUUUCCAGAAUGAACUUUUCUUUUUCAUCUUCAUCAUUAAAAUCUCAUUGAAUCCAA